AUGGCAGCAGCAGCAGCAGCAGCAGACGACCCGUCGUCCUCACCUGCUGCUGCUGCUGCUGCUGCUGCUGCUGCUGCUGCUGCUUCUCCCGCGUCUCGCUCCCCGCCGAGCCCUGCAGCGUCCCCGCGCGGUGCUGCCGGCUCUCCCCCGCCCUCAGCAGCAGCAGCAGCAGCAGCAGCAGCAGCAGCAGGGGCCCCGGCCUCCCCCGCAGCAGCAGCAGCAGCAGCAGCAGCAGCAGCAGACGAGGGUUUGCUGCUGCUGCCGCACCUGCCGCUGCCCCCGCAGCUGCCCCCGCAUUAUUUGUCUCCUUUGGAGCUGCGGGCUGUCGAGGGGGACUUGAGUUUGGUGCUGCAGUGCAAACCCUUGGGGGAAAAGAGAGUGAAGGCCCUUUGCGAGAAACUCAAGGCAGGGUUUAGGGAGAUCUUGAUGGAGGAGGGGAACGUGCAGCCCGUCAGCACCCCCGUGACUGUUGUGGGGGACAUCCACGGGCAGUUCCACGAUUUGAUGCAGAUGUUUAAAUGCGCAGGCACCUGCCCGUCGGUCAACUUUCUUUUUCUCGGCGAUUACGUUGACAGAGGAUUUAACUCUUUAGAAUGUGUAACCCUCGUGUUUUUGCUCAAGGUCCGUUAUCGCCACCGCAUAACCAUCAUAAGAGGCAACCACGAGAGCCGCCAAAUAACUCAGGUCUACGGCUUCUUCGAUGAGUGCAUUCGCAAAUACGGCAACGCCAACGUUUGGAACCUCAUCACGGGGGUUUUCGACUACUUGCCUCUAAGCGCUUUAAUAGAGGGACAAAUUUUUUGUCCCCACGCUGGGCUGUCUCCUCAGCUGGACUCUCUUGACUCUGUGCGGGCUCUGCAGCGGCUGCAAGAAGUGCCCCACGAGGGCCCCAUGUGCGACUUGCUGUGGUCGGACCCGGAAGACCAACUCGAGGGCUGGGGAGUAUCGCCGCGAGGAGCCGGGUUUACGUUUGGGCGGGACAUUUCGGAGAGGUUUUUGCAUGCAAAUGGCCUCAAGUGUAUAGCGAGGGCUCACCAGCUCGUGAUGGAGGGCUACCAGUGGAGCCAAGGCCACAACGUGUUGACUCUUUUCUCCGCGCCCAACUACUGCUACCGCUGCGGCAACAAAGCUGCCAUUCUGCAGAUCGACGAAGGCAUGAACUACUCCUUCAUCCAGUUCGACCCUUCUCCCGAGCAACUGGAAGGCGCUGAACAGCUGCGGGGGACCCCCGAUUAUUUUCUUUGA